GCUAAGAAGCAAAAUAUUCUUAUUGAGAUCGAAUUUGUUGAGAAAAGAAGAGAAUUGUUUGAGAAAGAACAAUGUCUUGCGGUACAAAAAUUUGUCACCAGGAAGCGUUUGUUGAAUGAGUCAAGCGAGUGUAUCUAUAAGGAGUCGAGGAUAAGGAGAGAAAGUAAUAUCUAUCAUUCACAAAUGACAGAACCUGCUGCAUUGUAUCUAACACUACCAAUGACAAAACCUACCACAUUGUAUUUAACAUUACCAAUAAUGGAGAUCACAAGCUCAAAUUCAUAUUUAGGGAGUUUAGACAGAUCUAAGAUCAUUAACACAUCUGCAAACAUGAUGAAUGUCUCAAAUAUUUUGAAUUUAACAUCUACAAUUCCUACAAUUUCUCAUAGCUAUAACAUUUCAAAUAUCUUAAAUGAUUCAAGUAAUGAAAUAGUUGAAAAACCUAUAACUCUCAUGACUUCUCCUUAUUGUAAACAACUAUGA